AUGGCAGAUUCAUCGAGGGACAAAGGUGCGGAUCAGCAGGGGAUUUUCAAAAUCGUAGCACGCUACAUUCCCUACUUUCGAAAUCCGCAGCAUGUCUUGGUAUUCAAGCUGGACUGUCUGCUGUUGACAUGGACUUUCAUUGCUGGAAUCUUGAAAGAGAUGGAUCAGAGUGCCACUGCGCAGGCUUAUGUUUCGGGGAUGAAAGAGUCCCUGCAACUAUACGGGAAUGAAUUGGUCAACUUCAACACUUUCUUCUCUGUUGGAUAUGCCAUUGGUCUCAUUCCGGGCCAGUUGAUUCAGACCAAGGUUCGGCCUUCGUUGUUUCUGCCAUUUUGCGAGAUUUCGUGGGGAAUCCUGGUUACCUGCAUUGCUCAAGCACCCAAUGCGAAAACCAUAUAUGCGCUCCGAGUACUGCUGGGGCUGUUCUCGGCAGUGUUCUGGCCUACAGCAGUAUCGAUGAUCUUCAAUUGGUAUACACCCGCCGAGCUAGCCAAGAGGAUUGCCUUCUUCAGCGUCUCAGAUGCAGCAGGUGGUAUGUUCCUGAGCGCUCUUCAAGCGGCACUUUACACCAACAUGAACGGGGUGCAUGGCAUCUCCGGAUGGCAAUGGCUGUUCAUCGUCUCGGGUGCAAUCACCAUCGGACAGGGUCUGCUUGGUCUGAUCAUCAUCCCAGAUACCCCCUCUCUCACGCGUGCGAUUUGGCUCACGGACGCGGAUAAAAGCAUUGCACGCAGGCGAAUGGCCGAGUUUGGCGCUACGACUUCCAACAUGAUCCCGACAAAGGUCGUGGUGCAGAAGUUACGCAAGCUCGUCAUUCAUCCUGUGACGUAUUUCUUCUUGGCUUCGUUUGCGUUGAGCGCUUGGGCGAAUCGAGCAAACUCUUACUUCACGCUUUAUCUUGAAGGAUUGAAGGACUCGGCCGGAAACCUUCGAUUCAGCACGUAUCAAGUCAACGUGAUUCCCAUGGGAGGCUAUGCACUCCAGAUUCUCACAAAUCUGGGCCUCAACGCACUAUCCGAUUGGAAGCAAUGGCGCUGGCAAAUUAGCAUUGCUCCGGCAUUCCUGUUGGGCAUUGUAUUGAGUGUCUUGAGUGCCUGGCCUUCGGACUGGAGGGUGAUCCUGGUCUUCUAUUUCCUCACAUAUGCGACAAAUGCGGGAAGUCCGUCACUUCUAGCUUGGCUGGCUGAGCUGCUCAAGAAAGAACCGGAAGCACGGUCUAUUCUUGUUGCUCUGACGGUGACCAUUGUGUACAUUGGCCAUGCCACGAUUCCAAUUCGAGUCUGGAGGACGAGCGACUCCCCGAGGUAUCCGAUUGGGUUUCCGCUUGCCACUGCGUUUAUCUUCUCUUCGAUCUUUGUUCAAUUUGGGAUGCUUUGGUGGGGACGGCGAAACACCCAGUUGGCUGAAUACGGAUAUGAAGCGUCUGGUUUCUCGUCCAGGGCUGAUGAAGAGAGUUCAGAAUUCACCAAAGAUGCAUUGGAGCCACAGGGAGAUUCGAAGAUUGGCGAUGUGAAAGUAUCAGCCAUCGAAACCCAAUCCAACUUCAAGAACCCUUUUAUGUCCCCUUUCAUUCUAUCACCUUACGCCCAAGACAUGUCUGAAUCCACUCCCCUCAAGCCCCCAAGCAAGCCGGAAGGCAUCGACCUCUAUGCCCGCUUCGCACUCGCCGGUGCCCUGGGCUGCUCCAUCACCCACAGCGCCUUCACACCAGUUGACGUUGUGAAGACUAAAAUCCAACUCGACCCAAGCACCUACAACCGCGGCAUGAUCGGCAGCUUCCGCCAGAUAAUCCGCAACGAAGGCAUCAGCGUUCUAGCGACAGGUUUCGGGCCAACCUUCGCAGGCUAUUUCAUGCAAGGAGCCUUCAAAUUUGGCGGUUACGAAUUCUUCAAUCAGAAAUUCACAGAUGCGCUCGGUGCAGAGCGAGCUCAGCAGAACCGUACACUCGGGUACGUUCUUGCAGCUGGUUCGGCUGAGUUCUUUGCCUCGAUUGCUCUGUGUCCGUUGGAAGCUACGCGGAUUCGGCUUGUCUCGACGCCUGGCUUUGCCAGUGGUCUGGUUGGUGGGUUUGGGAAGAUUCUGAAGAAUGAGGGUGUGGCUGCGUUUUAUUCGGGCUUUGGUCCUAUCUUGUUUAAGCAGGUUCCUUAUACGAUAACCAAGUUCGUCGCUUUCGAGAAGAUCUCAGAAGCUAUUCUUGGCCAGUUUGAUAAGUCGCAAAUGUCGGCUGGGACAUCCACUGCUGUGAACCUGGGUUCUGGUCUGCUUAGUGGCUUUGCCGCUGCCAUCGUGUCGCAACCUGCUGAUACCAUGUUGUCUAAGAUCAACAAGACUAAGGGUCUGCCUGGUGAGAGCACUGUUUCUCGCUUGGUCAAGAUUGCGGGUGAGCUUGGUCUGCGUGGCUCUUUUGCUGGUCUCCCAACGCGUCUUUUCAUGGUUGGUGGACUUACUGCAGGGCAAUUCGCUAUCUAUUGGGAUAUCAAGAAGCUCCUAGGUGCUACUAAAUAG